AUGACUUGUGAAAGCGUUGGGAUUUUAGUAAAAGCAUUUUAUAUAUAUAAUAAGAUCGAUGCAGAAGCAUUGGUUUCGGUGAAGUAUUUUUAAAUUGCUCUCUUUUGUGUAUUAAACGUAAUAACCUUUUUCGAUAGGUUAAAAAAGGAGAAUAUGUUUGGGCGUGUUCAGUGUAUAGAUAGAUGUGCUUUAAAGGAUGAAUUAAAAGUGUUUUAAGCCUUCAAAAGAGAAAGUAGAUUUUCAACAAGGAAGUUAUUUGCUUCUGAAUAUAAUUCAGUGAUACAUAAAAGACGAUAUAGUGAUUACAAUGAAACAAUUAAUCAACCAAAAACAAUAACUCAUAUCGAACUUUCGCAUUAAAGAACAUUUUGGUUUAAUUCAUUUUAUCUUGAAUUUCCAUGAGCAUUUGACAUGGCAUCAAAGCAUAUUCAGUGUGAAAUGUGCUGUGACGAAAGUGCAGUUGGAUAUUGCAAAAUUUGUGGAUACGUUGGUGAAACUUGUGUAGAUAUUCAUAAGACAGUAAAGGUGUUUCAAAAGCAUACUAUCAUUAUUCAUGUGGCUGUGAAAAUGCACGAGGAUGAUACAGAAAAUCUCAAUGUGCAAUUACGGGACAUCACAGAAGAAAGAUGUAAGCAGCAUCAGACUGAGAAGGCUAUGUUUCUAUGUAAUAUUCAUGAUUCCAUGAUUUGUGGCCGAUGUCUUCAUUCGGAUCAUAUUCCUUGUGCAAAAGAAGUUGUUGACUUGUUGCAUGAAGUAGUUAACAUUGACUGCGAGAAAGUCAACACAAUGAAGUUCGUGCUAAAGGAGGUAAGAGAUGAAAUUCUGUUUUUGAAAGAUGAAGCAGAACACUGUAAGGAGAGCUCCAAUGAAAAUUCUGAUAAAUGUAUGCAAGAAUGUAUUGAGUUAGGAAAUAAAAUAAAACGACGGGUAGAUGAAUUGACCAGUGGCAUUAGAGAAAAGAUAUCAGAGAAACAUAACGAAAAUUUGAAGAUGCAGUCCCAUAUUACUAAAACUUGUGAUGAGAAAACCAAGUGGUGUGAUCAUAAAGAAAGAAAAAUUGAUAAUUUUGUAGCAAAUAAUAUGGCUGGGUACUUGUACCUAAUGAGUAGACAUUUUGAGAAUGAGAUUUCGGAUGCCAGAUCCCACCUUAAAGAAAUCAAACAUAAACACAGUUUUAAAGGGUUUGACUUCAAAGAAAACAAAGUCAUCCUAAAAUGCCUGUUUGAAGAUUUGGAGGAGGUUUGUGAACAACAAGACGAAGUCACUGGGAGCGACGAUGGAAGUGCCAACGAUGUUGUCGCAUCAACUGCAAAAAUAAACAAGACUCGCCGGGAGCUCAACGUACUGCUGAAUCAAAUCAAGCAAGACUUAGAUAAAUCAGAACAGGACAGGAAGACACUGUGUGAUGAGUUGCAACGAGUGAAACAAGACAUUGACAAUUCAGAAACGAAACGGAAGGGUCUCGAACAAGAAUUAUUGAAAGCAAAACGAAGCAUAGAGGAAGCUAAAAAGGAAACAGCAACACUUCGGGCACAUAUCAAAGAAAACUGCAAAUGGACUCAGCCCACUGGAAAAGUUGCGGUUAAGGACUAUCCUUAUAACAUCACUUUGGCUUUUACAUUCCCGGAUGGCAUACAGACGACGCGCCAUCCGUCCCCGAGAAACCCGAUAAAAGGCGGCACGUUCACAGGACUUUUGUUUCCCAACUCUGAGGGCAAGCUGCUAUGUAGGAUGUUAAAGGAGGCGUUUAGGAGAGGGGUGAUGUUCAUCUGUGGGAUGGAAGGAAAAGUUGUCCUGGAUGGCGUCUCAUUAUAUGAUGGACCAUUGGAAAUUUACACGGUGGUGUUACCAUCGGGUUACGUUAAUUACAUACGGGCAUUGAAAUCGGAGCUAUCAGCCAAAGGUAUCACAGAGGCGGAUAUAGAUCAGACUGAGGAGCUGUACGAGACCUUGACAGUUGACGGUCCACGCUUUCUCGAAGCUUCGCCGCUGCAUUCUUAAAUAAGAUGUGAGCAGAUGUGUAGACAUGGAGGCGAAUGUCGAUGAUAUAUUAUCGACAAUCUAUUGUACGUGGUCGUCUGUUAUGGAUAUCAUUUUUCUCAAAGAUUUCCUGUUAAAAUAAUUAAGCGUGUUGUAAAGGAUGUUUUAAUGAGAUGUUGUACUCAUACGUGGAACAGAAAAUGUUGUUGUUACCGAGCUUACAAAUAUACGAAGAUCAAUAGAAGCUAUAUUCUGGAGUGUUUUGCUGGAUAAAGUAGAACGUACAUUUAAUGUACAUAUAAUGAUAAUCAUAUUAUAUCAGCAAUUUCGAUGACAUUUUGUUCAUACAAUAGUUUUAUAAGUUUGAAUGUGGUAUGUCAAUCUAAUAAAUUUUAAUGAAAUGUUUAAUCCACUAUGUUUAAAACAUGAUUUGACUUUUUCUUUUAUACCUAUAAUUAUAAAUAUGUUGAAAAACUGAUAACAUAUCGCAUGACGCAUAUCUGUACAUUUCACCAAAAACCUCGAGCGAUGUUGCUUACUCGUGUAUUAAUUUUAGAUCAUGUCGAUGUUAAAUAGUACCUCAAAAAGUGCGUUUGUGACGAUUGUUUUUAUUUCCAUUUUAAGUAAGAGUAUUGCGUUCUUAUGUAUUUAAUUGUGCCAUAUUGUGAUUUAAUCAACUAGUUUUUAUGAGGCUUUGCGUGUAGACAAAUGCUUACAAGGGCAGUGAUCUCGUCUUUCACUAUCAGUUCCAAUUCGGUUCCCACAACAUCUAUAAAUAAAGCGUUUUAAUGCAUAUAUGGUCAAACUGUGUUGUAUGUACGUUAUGUGUUAAUCUUGUGGUGUAUUUUGAGCCCUAGUUGUUUAACUCUUAAGACCGUUGUUGCUUCAAUAUUUGACAACUUAAGUUGAGCCUACAGUUUCUCAAAUUGUAUUACAAUUGUAUCCAAAGGCGGUUUGUGUUUGAUGCAAGUAAUCCAGUACAAGCACAUUUUGUAAGGUUACAACUUAGCUAAGAGCGAUAUUAUUGUCAACAUAAACAAAGGAAUUUCUGUUGAACAAUGUGUUCAUCUAUGUUUCAAAUAUAUAUUUAUUAUUAAGUGCAUUGCAGUUAUCAACAUGUUUGUCGCUUUUAAUUAAGACUUUAUAACAACGUUCUCUACGCCAUAAUUACAUAUACAUCAGAGUGGUUUAAUCUUAAAUUCAAUAUAGUUAUUACCUUUUCAUCGCUCUUAAAUGUAUGUGAUUGUGCUACAGUAAAAGAAUACGUUAGACAGUACAUACUAGUAGAUUAUUUCAAGGUAAAUGUAAAUGAGACGGGACUAGUUAUGUUAUUCAAAACGUUCUGCUUUGCAGUUUAAAAUGAUUUGAAUUCAGAAGAAAAACUUAAGUUCAUACAAUUAUUCUUGACAAGUGAUCCAUUGAAUAUGAUCCGAUAUUGAAUGGUUACCUAUUCAAUUAGUGGGCAUUUUAUGUGACCAUUUAUUUUGUAUUUGCCAACUUAAAGCCUUGUGUUUAAUUCCAUUUGAUUAAAGAAUGAUGUAUGCUACCAUCAUAAUAAUAUUAUAUCAAACGGACCGAAAAAACAUUGAAUGUAUUUUUUGAUAAUAUUCAUUUUUUUAAGAUCAGGAUUAAGAUAAACUCCCAGCGAUAUAUUUUGCUUAGUUGAUGGUUAUGACCAAUGACGGACUGUACAUUUAUAUGUCAUAUACUAAAUUACUGAAUCUUGUUAUGUCAUCUUCAAUUUUGUUUUGGAAGCCAUGCAAGUUUUUCAGUUAAAGCUGUAUAGUAUCAUGAUAUGGUAUUCAAUGUAUUGUAUAUUAUCUGUCUUAUAAUUAUUAUUCCUGAAUGUAGCCAUUGGCAUACUGUGUUGUAAAAAUUGAUGUGAAAUAUGCCUUGUAUUACACGAUGUCUGUCUAUUAUACCAUGUCUGUAAUGUAAGUUAACAUCAUAAUCGGAAAAUAA